UAGCAUGGAGCACUGCUUUAGAAAAUCUCGGUGCAUGAAGAUUUUUAUUUUUACAAUUUUUUAGACAAUUUAAUAUGACUGGUUUUUUUAAUACAAAAAAAUUGUAAUGUGAAAGCAAAGGGUGCAAUGUGACGUUGCGAUUAUGUUAUAUUAACAUACAAAUUUAUAGUCAGUGCUUAUUAUUUGAAAAAAAUCGGAAGUAUUUCUUUAGUUUUUUUUUUUUUUGAAGUAAUUACCGAAUUCUGAAUAUGUUUAUACGUAACUGUUAUGUUGUGUACAAACCAGACAGUAGAAAUAGACAGAACUUUUAUGACAAUAAGGUCAUCUGUCUUAUUGGAAAAUCGUGGCAACGUCAUAAGCAUGCAAUGGCAAUUAAUUAUUCUUUUUAAUGGAUGAAUAGUCCUUGUAUUUUCUUUAUGUGAAAGACAAUGGUAAUUGUUAUUUAUGACAGAACAUAUACGGAGUAUUUAUUUACUAUUUACAAAAAUCUACUUCGCUGGUAGUUGUAUUCGUGAAAUCUUCAACUUUCACUUUGUUUCGUUUACCGUAUUCUUUUUUCUUUAUAAUUAGCAAAAAGAUAUCUGUCAAAAUGUCAACUUCGCCUAUCCCAGAUCUUGAUUGUGGGUUUUCAUCAUUUGAUGAUCUUAUCGAGUCAAUAAUACCAGACGAUGCAUUUACCUACAGCGAAUCCAUUGCGAUAUGCAAUCCAAAUACUGUCCAAAAGAACGCUGUACAUUGCGGGGGGAUUCACCACGAGGGUGAAGAAACUAAGUUAGAAACCAAAGUUGUUAAACCUAAAGCUCAAAUAGCUGAUUCAAACACUAUAAUGCAAUUGAUGACAUCAUUUGUUGACAAUAUGGAAACACAAAGAAGUUGUACGCGAAGUGCGUCGACGUCAUCUAUUGUUAUGUCUCCUCCUUUGAGUCCAAAUUGUGAGCAACCUCAUUUUACUUCAAAGCAAAAAGACGAAAAUGCUUUUUUUCCUAUGCGUAACGAGGAAGGGUUUAGCAAUUCCAUCGAAGGUGGCGCAUUUGCGCCAUGGGAACCUAAAAAAAUUUGCGCUAAAAACUACCGAUAUGAUCCGAAACCGUUAAUGCGAAAAAAUAAACGUCAACUUGUUCCUGACGAUGAGAAAACACAUAAGUACUGGAUGAAAAGGAGUCGAAAUAACAAAGCAGCUCGAAAAAGUCGAGAGGAUAGGCGGCAGAAAGAGUUGGAGGUGCUACAAACAAUGAAUUUACUGCAAGACGAAAACACACGACUGAAAAUGUACAUGAGCAAUUUAUUAAAAACGAAUGAAGAAUUCCAACAAGAAAUCAUCAGGAUGAGACAACAACUAGAGCUAGCAGGGUUUUUCGUGCCGUCCAAUACGACCUGAAGAAUGAAAAUUGGAGAAAAGUAAAAAAAAUAUAUAAAAAAUAUCAAGAUAAAGUGCCGGGCAUUAAAUAAUAUAAAAAAUAGUCCUUUUCUAUAUAUAUUGUAUAUAUCUUUUGUUUUGUUAAUGUUAUCUUAUUAUUUUUUUAGUUGCUUGUUUGUCUUUGCUGUUGUGAAUUUUAAUUUUAUUUGUGUAUAUUAGCUAUUGGGCGUAAAUGA